GGCUAAAAUCGUCAUUUUCACCAUCUUGCCACCUUCCACCUUUCCCUCCCCGAGUCUCGAACACCACACGAGGCAAGAACUGCGGGCGUAACAUUACAAGGAUCAUCCCCCUCCCUCCCUCCUUCGAAUUUCUAGCACAACCGACACAUCGGCUGCGGCGGCGAGGCAAUGUCGUCGUACCAGGUGCUGGAGGUGACGCUGAUCUCGGCCAAAGACCUGAAGCGGGUGACGUUCUUCACCAAGAUGCGCGUGUACGCCGUGGCGUCCAUCUCCGGCGGCGACCCCCGGCUGCCGACGCACCGGACGUACGCCGACCGCGAGGGCGGGCGGAACCCGAUGUGGCACGCCCCGCUGCGGUUCACCAUCCCACCUGCCGCCGACCCGCGCGGCCUCGCGCUGCACGUGCUGCUCCGCGCCGAGCGCGCCUUCGGCGACCGCGACGUCGGCGAGGUGUUCGUGCCCGUCCAGGACCUCGCCGUCGCUGCGCCCGAGAGCUCCGGCGCCGAGCAGCGGCACCUCAGCUACCAGGUGCGCCGCCCCAACAGCGGCCGCAAGCGCGGCGUGCUCCACAUCUCCUACAGGCUCACGGACGCGCCGGCGCCGGACGCCGCCGCCCACCAGCUCACGCAAGAUCCCGUCACGUCCAAGCGGCACCGCCACCACCACAAGGGCGCGAGCGCGAUCACCGCGUACCCGGUGGCUCCCCGCAGCGGCCCGCCUUACCCUCCGCCGUACGGGCCACCCUACGGCGGCGCCUACCCGCACCACCACCAGUACGGGUACGGCGCCCCGCCGCAAGGGGCGCCGUACGGGUACGGGUACGGGGGCAACUGCGCCGGGCCGGCGGCGAGGGCCGGCGGAGGGAUGGGAACGGGGCUCGGCCUCGGCCUCCUCGGCGGCGCGGUCGGCGGGUUGAUGAUCGGUGACAUGAUCGCCGACAGGGAGGUGGACGGGGCGUACGACGGCGGGUUCAUGGAUGGCAUGGGCUGCUAA